AAUAAACUAAAUAAUCUUUUUUCGCGUGAGUUUUGUCUUAACAACAUUACAGGACAAACCAAAUCUAACCUCUUUUGUUUGUUUGUUUUUUUUUUAUUCUUUAAUUUUAUUUAAUGAAUACCCUUUUUCUCAGUUUAUUAUUAUGUUUACUUCCCUUGUCGUAAAUUCCAGAAUCAUCGUCACUGUCUAAAAAACCCCACUUCAAAGAUUAAGAAAAUUGAAAAAAAAAAUUCCUCCACACUUACCUGCGCAAACAAGUUCUCGAGGGUGAUCAGGGCUAGGGUUUCUUCUUGGAGUAAAGUAAAGCAAAAACUCACACAAGAUGCAGCAGCCACCGCAAAUGAUUCCUGUGAUGUCUUCGUUUCCACCAACUAAUAUCACUACCGAGCAGAUUCAAAAGUACCUUGAUGAGAACAAGAAGUUGAUUUUGGCAAUUUUGGACAAUCAGAAUCUUGGAAAACUUCAUGAAUGCGCCCAGUAUCAAGCUCUGCUGCAAAAGAAUUUGAUGUACUUAGCUGCAAUUGCGGAUGCACAACCACAAACAACACCAACAAUUCCUCCUCAGAUGGCAUCACAUCCUGCAAUGCAACCAGGAGGAUAUUUCAUGCAACAUCCUCAGGCUGCUGCAAUGGCACAGCAACCAGGUAUUUUCCCCCAAAAGAUGCCAUUGCAAUUCAAUAACCCACAUCAAAUGCAGGAUCCACAGCAGCAUCUACAAACCAUGCAAGGUCAAAUGGGAAUCAGAGCUGGAGGGCCAAAUAAUGGCAUGCAUCCCAUGCAUGCUGAGGCUACACUUGGAGGUGGCAGCGGUGGUGGUCCCCCUCCAGCUUCAGGCCCAAAUGAUGGACGUGGUGGAAACAAGCAAGAGGGUUCUGAAGCCGGUGCUGAUGGGCAUGGUGGUGGUGAUGGAGCGGAGGAGGCAAAGUGACUGCCCUAAUCCGUUGUUUUGAUGGGAUACUUGUGGCUGUUGAUUGUAGGUGCCUCUUACAAUAGGAGUUGUAUUGCUGUAGACGGUGUUAGAAUUAAAAUUUCUGGUUUCUCUUUAAUUUAACAAUUCAGGAAGUUAACUUUUGUUGAGGUUCUUGAUAUGCCUAUGAAUUAAAGAACAGGGGGUUAGACGACGAUAGUUUAGUUGUAAAAGGAGGCUUAAAGCCUGUGGUCACUACCUCCGGGUUUGUCAUUUUGUAAUAACCUAUAAAGGCUUGCAUCAUGCAUCUGAAUUGUGAUCCAAUCGAAGUUUCUUGGUUUGUUA